UUUUGGAAUAACGGUGACCAAUCGCAUUUUAGAUGUGUUUUCGUGCCGUAUUUGAUAUAGAAAUUUUGAUAAUAUUUAUGUUUGUUCGUAAAGUUAAGAGUUUCGGACACCGCUACUAGUGUUAAGUGUCCAAGUUCUUGAAAUCAACAGCAGCAAAAGUUCUUUGGAUUUCUUUAACAAAGGAGAACUACUGCGGCUUCAGCAACGAUGAAAUAGAAAUGGAAAUUUCGCAAGACACGCAGUAAGGAACUGUAUUCAUCGAUUCGAGAUAUGCGUCUUACGUCCAAGAUUUCUGGACGGAGUUGUGUUUGUGUGAUUCGGAGAACAAUUCUUUUCUCUUGAGUGAUGUCAUUUUGACGGUUAUUUUGCAAGUCUUCCUUUUUGGCAGAAUUCGAAAAUGGAAGUGUGUGUGGCUUUACUGAAAACAUUUAUUUGCAAUUACUUAGAAUGAGGUAAAUAUUUGAAUUGCAUCUGCGGUGUUUGUCAACUACUACGUAAAGAAACAACAGGUUAUUUUAGUGUUAUCGUGCUUUUAAGGACAACGUUAUGGGAUUACUGACAGCGUAAAGCAACCGCCGUCUGAAGUUUGACAUCGGACCCAGAAACAGGAGAACUGUGGGGCGAAAUGGACGUGCAUUUGUUUGUGGGGACAAUGACGAGUGAUUCUCAAACUCACUUUUCUUUUAGCAGCAAAAACUAAGAAGGAAAGUCGGGUGCCAGUGUCUCCAGACCGACUGACACUGGGAGUGAUAUCGUAGCGGCACUUGAGUCAUGCAGACAACAACUAUCGAGUCUGGCAUUAGGGGAGGUGAUUAAUACUGCAGUGGAAAGGGAAUUAAGGGGUAAUCCGUACCUUGCCUCGCCGAAUACCCAUUCCUUUCUACACAAUUAAUCAAUAAAGGGAGACCUGCAUGUGUUAGAUCUCUCAUUAAUCGCCCUUGUCUCGUCCCUCUCAGACUACAAUGGUUAUAAAAUGUGAUGGUUAACCUUGAUGGCUGAGAGUGUUUGUGUGUGUGUUUGUGACAGAUGUAUUAAUCGUUAAGGAAAUUUCAAUCAAGAGGUUAUACCUCAACCAACUUAGAGACGAAAUAUUUCAAGAUUCCUUGAGCGACAUAAACAGUGAGAGAGUUUUGGGAAACUACGAGGGUCAUAAACAAUUGAUUGGUGUUGCCAAUAAGCUUCCUGAAAAUUCAGAAGUAGAAGAACGAAAGAAAGAGAAGAGAUUGAAAUACUAAUAGGAAUAAUAGUUACGUAGAAAGAUUAAUAAAUAUUGUAGUGACUGGACUGUCGAAACCUAUAAAAAAACGUUCAUAAUAUCACGUGUUGAUCUGAUUUACUGGUAUUGACUGAAUCUAGCGUCAUAUAGUUUCUUUAAAGACAGAAAAGAGAUAGGGAAAAAAGAUAGUAAUUUUAGUGAGCACAAAAGUUAAGGUGUUCUGAGCACAAAUUUCCCCUGGAAAUUACGUCCUUAAAGCUGGAAUUUUUAUCAAAAUAUCCGCCAUGAAGACUUACAUUUUACGCGUGAAAGCCAGGCCCAAAACGGCCGUGGGACAGAUUGUUUGGGACUACUGGGUGGAAGAACGCGUGUGCCUUGUAAAAUAAUUAAAUCAUAUGUAUACACAUAGAUCAUUGCAUGUGGACAAGUGUGUUAUAAGUAUAUUACUAUAUAGCCAGGAAUAUAUGAAUAUAUCCAGGAGUGAGCAGUGAGCCAUCAGUAUUUGCAUGCUGGCAAUACAGUAUAGACUUCGUUCAAAUUUCCCUGACUGAUUAAACCAGGGUAGAAAAACUGCAACCUAACUAUAAAGAAACCAGAAAAAUUUUCCAAAAUACUUCGCGUAAACUGAAGAUUGCGACAGUGACAACCAUGCCUUUUAUUGACGACGAUCUUUUGUGGUGCCCCGACAAUGAUGGGAAGAUGGUCGAUCUUUCCUGCCUGGACCCGGGAGGAGGAAGCGGUGUGUGCAACAGUGCUACACCUGGUAGUAAUGCUAAUGAGAUCACGCCCAUGGGAAUGGGUGUUAUUGGAGGCUUAGCAUCGUCCAACCCUGCCUCUGCUCCUGAGUGUGGGGACCUCGCUGAACUUUCACAGGCUGACUUGAAGGGUCUGGUGGGAGAAAUAGCAGAAGAUGAAAUUUUCCCCAAUAUCUCGGAUCCAAACUUUGAGCUGGAUAAUAUUUUUGCAGAGGUUGAUGAUACCUUCCUGCCAAACCCUGUAAACAAUGACAGAAUACGCGUCCGUACAAGAGAUGAAUCAGUUCCAGCCAUCCCAACAGAUUCUGCAAAGACACCCUCAGACCUUCACCUCAUUCAAAUUAAGCAAGAGCUAGAACAACUAGGAAGUAGUGAUGAGGAGCCAAUGUCUACCAAUUCCCUGGAAACUGUAUCCAGCACUAGUACCUUGACACCAAUCCCACGUUCGUCUCCUCUAUCAGUGAACCCUAAUCAUACUCAUUUAGUUAAUCAGCUCAUCAACAAUCCCCAACUUUCAUCCAACAAUCACAAUGUAAGCUCUCAAUCUUUUGCAAGUUUGCUCAAUGACUCUGAUGUGAAUGGGGUUGGAAAUGGAUGCUCCAGUACCUCCCUCCUUCAGAAUGCCUUGCAGAAUAACACUUCCACAACUGGGCCAAUUGAUACUCGUCACAUCAAGAGAGAAAAUUCUGUGGCAGCUGCAAAUCCUCUUUUGGCUGAAGCAUGGCCGAUCUCUCACUGGGCUUUUUGGGAGGACUUGGGAUUACUUUCUUCGUCCUAUGAGAGGCCGAUGAGCAGCCCAACCACAACGCCUUCCCCAGCACCUACACUGCCUGGUCUCUUGGGACACAUCAAAGUCAAGAAGGAAGUUCUUGAACACCCACGUGAUUCUUGCAAAGGUGAGCCUGAUUUCUACACGGAUCCCUUUCUACUCUGGAACUUGGAUACCGAUGGAGCCAGAGUUAUCGGAGGUCAUCACGGCGAAGGGCUCCACCAUCACCACCACCAUCAUAUUCAUCACCACCAUCUCUCCAACAAUGGAGGCAGGUCUCGGGAGCAGCUCCUGCAGGACUUGCUUUCGGCGGGUCAGCUGAUGCCAAACAUGCAUAGCUCAAACCACAACGGCAACAAUAACAACAACAACAACAACGGGCCCUAUUCCAGCGCCCAGACCUACCAGCCCCACCCUGCCGCCCACGCCGGCCACAGAACGGCCUAUUCAGCAUCGCACCCUAACACUUCCGUAGGUGGAUCUUUGCCCCCGUCCCCGGCUGAUUCAGGAGUGUCCGACGUGGAUUCCUCCAGUGGCCACACCAGUAACGAUGAGUCCAAAACCAGAAUGCACCUUACAGUCUGUGGAUCUCGGACUCCAGACUCGCCUUCUUCAGGAGCCGAGGCCGGUGGUCCUCUGCCGUCCUUCCACCCCAACUAUUCCCCUCAACAAUUGCACAUGCGAUCUUCGUCUCAGCCGCCUCUCACUCCUACCUUCCCCAGACCUCAAGAUUCUCAGGUGAUGAGUGGUUACGGAGGCGUCGGAGUAAGUGGUUACAUGGAUGCCGGCUCCCCAGGAGGCAUGGCGGGCUAUGGGAUUAAUUCUCCUCAUUACACCACCCAUCCGUCGGGAUUGACAUCACCGCUACAGCCGCCCAACGCCUCUCACAUGGGCCACUUGGUCUCCUCAGGAAUGGGCGCUGCCCCUUCCACAGCCUCGCCGUCCUCAUCCUCCUCGGCAGAGGAUAUCUUCCUGGGAGACAUGGGAUUCCCACCCAGGAUGAAGAAGAAGGGCCGUAAACCCAAACCUGUUGAUGCUAACGGACAACCCCAACAGCCAGGCAUGAAGAGGAAGAGCCGAGAAGGCUCCACAACAUACCUUUGGGAGUUUCUUUUGAAGCUACUUCAAGAUAAGGAAUGUUGUCCUAAAUACAUUAAGUGGACCAAUAGGGAAAAGGGCAUUUUCAAGCUGGUAGACUCAAAGGCCGUCUCUCGGCUCUGGGGUCUACACAAGAACAAACCCGACAUGAACUACGAAACCAUGGGACGAGCCCUUAGAUACUACUACCAGCGUGGAAUUCUGGCCAAAGUUGACGGUCAAAGGCUGGUCUAUCAAUUUGUGGACGUCCCGAAAGACAUCAUUGAAAUUGACUGCACGGGGGCGUAAAGCUUCAUUCAACACUGCUCAUGGUCAACGUUCAAAAUGAUAAAAAAAAAAAAAAUUAACGUGUCCAGGAUGUUCCUAGGGCAUGUUCAUCGAUGACCUGAAGUCUUUGGACACCUUAGGACGAAGACGUGUCCAUCUGACGAGCCCUUCCGCGCCCCCAAAGGCUUCCCUGCGCUGCUCUCUGGCGCCCAUCUCUCUCUCUCCUUCUCACGUGCACACGAUGGAAGAGGAUACAGUGAUGACUGAAAGCUCAUCAUGGUGGAAGCGUCGUGAUGGUCAUGAAGAUGAUGAGACCGUCUCAUUGCCAUUAUCAUCAUCACCUUGCUGUUUGACUUCUUGCACAAGGCGAAUCCAAAAGAACGCGAAUUGGGAUAUUGUGAUGUUUUUUGGAUUCUGGAAUGACGGCAGUUAUGGACAAUCCCAAAGGAAGAAAAGUGGAAGAAAUGUAAUGUAAAUUAUGAUGGUCCCAGAGGGUCUGAUGCUGACGAUUCUCUGUUAACCUACUUCUGUAUAUAUUGCCUCCUAAUCUUUCUUCAUAAUGUAAUGACUAUCACACUCGAUCAGAGUUUGUAAAUAGUAUAUAGAUAAGAUAAUGACAAUUAUUUUAUUACGUAACAUGCGCCUCUAGACCAAGUGGCCAGAGACUGCCAAAAAACGGAACAGUGUGUGAGGCCCAACCUCCUCCUCCUCCUCCUAUUCUUCCCACCCCAUCCAGAAUGUGAUAAAGUAGGCAGCAGCCCUCGUAGUAGGAACAGUGGUGAUGAAAAAUGGACGAUACAAAGAUACUAACGACUUUGUCAUUAUCCUUGUGUACGGGCUGCUCAGUGUAGGUUGUAGUGAAAUUUUGAGAGUCAUAUAGUUUUAAAUCUUCUCUCGGAGCCUCUCUUGAAAUGCGUGCAGUAUAUCCCCUGAUGUCGGGGCCUUCCCUCCCUCCCUCCCUCCCUCACUCACUCUUUCCCCCUCCUCCCUCCCUCUAUCCACCUCUUCCUCCUAUCCGCCCUCCAUGCAUCCUUCGCCGGUGAACUGCACCACUCCUUCUUCCGCCGUAGGAACAAUGUAGCGGAGGGUCUUAGAAUAACUGCAAUGUAAUGCAGUGCUCGUAGAUUCACUUCCAACAACAGUCUGUCUGACAUUGAAACUGGCCUUUCUCAGCCAAUCACUCCAGAGUAGUGUUCAGUAUUUAUGUUUUAGUUAUCUUUCAUCCGAGUAUGAGUUGAUUUGAAUCUAAGAGGAUAUACUGCAGGUUCAACAGAAGGCCCCUUUAACAAAUGGAUGACGGAUUUAGGGCCUGAAGGAACAAAAUCGGGCCAUAAAAGAUAGUUAGAUAGAUAGAUCCCACCUAGUGUCCUUUAUAGCGCAGUACUGGACUUGUACUUCUCUCGAACGCUUGUUGAAGGAAAGAGCAUAUUGUGAAUAUGCUGGAGGACGUUGAUGGACAGUGCCUUGCAAAGCAGCUUUGUCAGUCCAAUGCGCUAUACAUUUGCUUCUUUUAAAAUUAAAAAAAAGGUAAAACAUGACUGGCUCUGUAAAAACAAAGGAGGAAAAAUUGAGACACAUUUGUGAUUGGCCUGCUAUGAUACUUCUUGUACUAACCGAAAGCCAAGGUGAUAUUAGUGAUAAAGUGUUGUGAAAAACAAAAAUGAUAAUAAUUGACUUGGGCAUCACGAGGAAUGAGGUUGUCCAUGGAAUCGGUGCUCAGUUAGACGGUCAUGUUCCAAUUAUUCUUUGUAACAGAAAAAGAGAAAGCCAUAUCAUAUAUAUUUUGAAUACACUGUAUUUACUACUUUUAAAAUUUGUAGUCUAUUUUUCAUCUACAAGAAACAAACACAAAAAUAUAACCCAGUUGUCCAAUCUGUAGCUAAUGCUUAUUAUAAUUCGUCUGUCUGUGCCUCUCUCUCUCUCUCUCUCCUCUUUCUCUCUCUUGCUGAAGAAGAGAGGAUAUAGACAGCACUAAUAGUAAUGACCUAUGUGAUGAAAUGAGGGAUCUCUCGACAUAAAUUAAGUGAUUGGCAGUGUUAUGAAACGAAGAAGAUGAAGAAGAAGAAGAUAAGAAAGAAGAACUCUGCCUGCGCCCCUUCUGUAAAAUAGACACUUUUUUAAGGAUUAUGAUUCUUAUUUAUUUAUUGAACACUUACUAUUUAAAACAUGGAAUUGUUAAAUUGUUAUCUAAUUUAAUGUUUUUGAGCAAUCAGACUGGGAAAUGACUUAAGGUGUAACAUGUAAGUUCAGUUGUGGUGUUGUGUUUUAUGUCAUUCAAUCAUGAUCAUCGCUAUUCAACAAGCUGCUAUGUUAUAUACUUUUUAUUAUCAUCAUCAUGUCAAAUUGAUAGCGGACCAACCUUUCUUCGCUAAAUUAUUUCAUUUCAUUUCGAGUAUUAUUAUUAUUAUUAUUAUUAUUAAACUAAGUUUACAUAUCAUUUUGGUUGUAUACUAAAUCAUUCCUUUUUUGUAUGGCCUAGUUUGCGUGUUAUGACUUCAAAGGCGCUCCUCCCGACCCUUCCUAUUAAGAAACCCCCAUGGAUGAACCACAAACGAAAGUAGAAAGUCAAAAAUACUUCUUCAUUCAUAUCUCACGCUGAUUCAACUUAAUAUAUUGUAGUUAUUAUUAUUAUUAUUAUUAUUAUUAUUAUUAUUAUUGCAGUUAUAAUUAAUGAUCAGAAUAUUUAUUAUGUUGGGGAAACGCUACUAACAUUAUUCUCUUUAUUAUUUAUGUCCCAACGUUUUUAUUUUUAGUAAAACACUCACUUAGUUAUCCUUACUUUCUUGUCACUCUUCAUAGCGGUGAACACAUUUCACUGGCAUUCUGCAGCAUUAUUUAUAUAAAUAAAUACAUAUAUAUUUUUGUCUUGUCUAGAUGACAUUUACGCCCUCCUUUUUCGUUCACUUCGCUAUUGUAAUCUCCUGUGCAAUUAUAAUUAUUAUCAUUAUUUUCUCCUUCCAUAACAUUUAAUUCUCAUCUUUUCUCACGAGCGUGUGUCGUCCGCGUGUUGGUCCCCCUUACCCCACCCCCUCUCUCCUAAUCGGCCCCUCGUCCCGGGCCCACCCGCCCCCUUACCUAUGGAAUCCCGUGUAUCCCGAGAGUUGGCUUCUGUAGUACAAAGUGUGGUGGUGGCUGGCGGUGCCUAAUACCUGCUUGAUAUUUUUGUGUCCACUUAACGCCCACGGGAUUCUCGCCGACUGCAUCCCACUGCAGCCGGCGAGAACGGUGAGAGCUCCACAGUUGAGUUCGGCACAUCGUAUUACAAUCAUUACAUACCGUGUGUUAUGUCAUUUCUGCUCUGAGAGCUGGUCUGCCUGAUUUGGGCCAAUUCCCCGCCACAGAGUUUUUUGCCUUUUUUAUAUAUAUAUAUUUAUCCCUUUUUUGUAAGGGUGAUGAUAAACUGGAGUACUUUGGGUCCCUAAGACGCUCCUCAUCUGGUGGCAAAGGCCCGAAUUUCUUCGCCAGCCCUCAGAGACAGACUGUAACUGUACUAACAAGUCCGAGAUGUAACGACUAUAACUGAAAGGAUGAAGGCAUCAUGAAGUGCCCCAGCCCCACCGCUGUACAGUCUUGUCGACGGCCAAAUGAAUUGGGCCAAUGUCGACAGCUUUUUCAGUGUUCACAUUCACACUGUAUCAAUACUACCAUUUUUAAGGUGUAAAAUAAAGUAAAUGAUAUAUAUAUAUA